GUACCAUGUCCCACUGCAAGCACAACCCCACGGCGGAUGUGGAAAACUUGACUAGCCCCGCCAUCGACAUGAUGGUGAGACCGUGAGAGCUUCCGCUCGUUGUACAUAGUAGGCCUGGACUCUGAAGGGAAGGGAAGAUAUCUUUUGUUACAACACAUACAUAACCCUCGAUUUCCUUUUUCCAACUGCGACCGCAACAAUGUCCUCCUCUACCUCCUCUACCGAAGCCCUCGAGACACUCAACGCGCUCAGUGCCAGCGCCAUUACUCUCCUAAGCCAGCUUGAAGCCGCAGUGUCUCGUAUAGCGUCGCAAAACAACCUAGCCGCAACAGCCACCGUCACGGAAAAGCCCACCGCGGCCAACACCAACAACCCCCCGGUGGACGCCCUCUCGCUGGCGCACGACUCGGCGAGUCUGAUCAAAGCGCACGCCACUAAGAUCUCGCUGCUCAUUAUCAACGAGCCAUUCACCCCGACAGCCAUUACCAAGGUCCUCCGCGAACUGGUGGCCGCCCCCGUGCCCAGCCUGGCCGCUGCGGUCGAAGGGUGCACGCCGGAACGGUACACGAGCACCAUCCAGCAGGAUCUGGCCUGGCGCGCCAGCCGCGUGCUGCGGGAGCUGAAGGAGCUCGUCACGCGCAUCCCCACGGACGGGAAAGUCCUCUCGGAUGCCAAGAAGAACGUCUCGGCCGCGGGCAGAGGCAGCAUCGCGACCACCGGCGUGUUGUGGUCGGCCUGCGACGACGUCACCACGUUUGCCAAGCGGGGAUUCGGCGGCAAUCUGGUGUACAAGGUUGAUCAGCUCAGGGAUACGCUCAAGGACGUUAUGGAGGAGCUGAAAGAAUGGGGCGAGGAGACGGAGGCGGAGGAUGAUGAUGACGAUGAUGAAGGCGAGGAUGACGGCGGCGUAGACGACGACGGCGCAGUUGCUCAGGUCACGGCCGCUCUCGCGUCGGCGUCGGUCUCGGGCACACAAGACGCUCAAGCCAUCCUGGACGACCUGAUGGGCGCGCAGCGGUACAUUCCCCGCGACGACCCGGACAGGAUUCGGGCGCGGUUAGACUCGUGUCUCCGGAGACUCCGUCUCACCUCUCUGUUCUACCAAGCCACAGUCAAGCGCAGGCUCAAGUCCCUGCCACACUUGCCUCCGGCAUCGCCAUCAGACAUUCCCCCGCGGCUCGACGAGGUCAUGUCCGUUCUCAAGAGGAUUCCAGAGAGGUUUGGAAGUCUAGCGCUGGCAUUCUACGAACUGGAGCCUUCCGAGAUUGAUCGUCUCAUGGACGAGUGCUUCUUCGACGCUUUUGCAGCAUCUGAAUUGCUUGUGAAGCCGUGGGAUGGUCAAAAGGAUGAAUUCACCGAUUGGGCCUUACGGUUUCAGAUAGAGAUAAAGAAAGGUUAG